AUGUGUAGUGUGGAAGCUGCCAGGGAUCUGGUAGAGAAAAAGCAGUACGAUAAGGCUGAACAAGUGUUUCUGGAUCUGCUGAGCAAAGAUUAUAAUGAGUCCACGGGGAAAGUCACAGAACGCCAAAAUGAGCAAGAAGCAUGCAUAUUAGGACUUGGCAAUUUGUAUAUCGUAACCGGUGCGAAAGAGAAAUUACGCGAGUUUAUUCCAAGGUCGACAGACCACAUGAUGCAAUUUGCGAAGCCAAAGACGGCCAAGGUAUUGAAGACAUUGAUAGAAGAGUUUGAAAAAGUACCAGACUCGUAUGAUGACCAGAUCUAUGUCUGCCAAAAGAGCAUUGAGUUUGCCAAGAAGGAGAAAAGGGUCUUUUUGAAGCAAUCCUUGACGAUUAAACUUGCCACGUUGUACUAUUAUAAAAGACAAUACAAGGACGCACUAGAGCUCAAUGCCGAGCUUUUGCGGGAGUUCAAGAAAUUAGAUGACAAACCAUCGUUGUUGGAUGUCCAUCUGUUGGAAAGUAAGGUUUACCACAAAUUGAGAAAUUUGGCCAAGGCCAAGGCAUCUUUGACAGCAGCUAGGACAGCAGCCAACUCCAUUUAUUGCCCCACGGUAACUAUGGCCGAAUUAGACUUGAUGAGUGGUAUCUUACAUUGUGAAGAUAAAGAUUACAAGACCGCAUUUUCAUAUUUCUUUGAGAGUUUCGAAAGUUUUCACAAUUUGGCAACCCACAAUUCUUAUGACAAGGCGUGCCAUGUUUUGAAAUACAUGCUGUUGUCAAAGAUUAUGUUGAACUUAAUUGAUGAAGUGAAAAAUAUUCUAAACGCUAAAUAUACAAAGGAGACUUAUCAAUCAAAGGGCAUUGAUGCAAUGAAAGCCGUGGCUGAGGCAUACAGUAGUAGGUCUCUUUUGGAGUUCAACACGGCGUUAAAGCAGUAUAAAGAUGAGAUUAUGGGUGAUGAGUUGAUAAGAUCACAUUUUAACGCCCUCUAUGAUACAUUAUUGGAAUCAAAUCUUUGUAAGCUUAUUGAACCAUUUGAGUGUGUUGAGGUUUCGCAUAUUUCCAUGAUGAUUGGUCUAGAUGCUCAGCAGAUUGAAGGAAAAUUGUCUCAAAUGAUUUUAGAUAAGGUAUUUCAUGGUGUACUUGAUCAGGGAAAUGGAUGGUUGUAUAUUUACGAAACGCCACAUCAAGACGCUACUUAUGAUUGUGCAUUAGAAUUAGUUGGUCAACUAGAUAAAGUGGUAGAUCAGUUAUACGAAAAGGCAAGUGUAUUGUAUUGA